CUGGUUUCCGUUUCCGGGUGGCGUUUUUCUGUGGCGCGCUCUUGAUAGUUAGUGGUCGUCAUGGAGCUGUUGGGCGAGUAUGUCGGGCAGGAUGGGCAGCUGCAGCGGCUACGGGUGCCCUGUGACGCUCCGGGCGACGCCGACCCUUUCCAGGGCUUGUUGUCGGCCGUGGCCCAGAUGAGGGAGCUGGUAGCCGAACUCUUCGGCUCCCUGGUACAGCCGGAAGCGCAGGACCGGAUGGCUGCGGCUCCAGACGAGGCCUUGGACGGUGAUGGCGAAGAUGAUGCAGAAGAUGAAAAUAACGUUGAUAACAGAACUAACUCAGAGGGACCAUCUGCAAAACGGCCAAAACCACAAUCUUAGCAAUAGCUUUUUCGAAAUUUAAAAGAUUGCUCCUAUGUCUUAUCACAGAGUGACAUUUAAGGAAGACUUGUGCUCUGAUUUGGAAAGCAUUUGUUUUGUUUCCCUGGGGCAGUUUUGUCAAAGAAGAAACUUUUCUGUUUCCAUCAAAGAAAGAUGUAAUAAGUGUUUAAAAAUGAAUCUCUUUUUCUUGAGAAGUUUCAGACUACAUAAAUAAAAUAGACACUUAAUAGUGUUUGAAAUCUGCUAA